ACUAGCAGGCCAUGGCGGCUCAAACAGUGCUACCACUGCUCUUAUCUCCCCAAGCACUAUUGCUCUAUCUCUUGCUCAUCCCUGUGCUCCUCCUCCUCCGGGCAACAAACAGGCGAUCGGCCGGCGAGCGAGCCGCAGCGGACAACCAUGGGGGCCGUCCCCUCCCUUCGCCUCCGAACAAGCUCCCUCUCAUCGGCCACCUGCACCUGGUCGGCCCCGACCCGCACGUCUCCCUCGCCGCCCUCGCCGCCAAGCACGGCGACGGCGGCCUCCUGCUCCUCCGCCUGGGCCAGACGCGCGCCCUCGUCGUCUCCUCCCCGCGCGCCGCCGAGGCGGUCCUGCGCACGCACGACCACGUCUUCGCCUCGCGGCCGCCGAACGCGCUCGCCGACGCCCUCCUGGACGGCGGCGCCGACGUCGCCUUCGCCCCCUACGGCGAGUUCUGGCGGCAGGCCAGGAGGCUGGUCACCACGCACCUGCUCAGCGCCAGGAAGGUGCACUCGCUCCGCCGCGGCCGCGAGGAGGAGGCGCGCCUGGUGAUGGCCAAGAUCCAGGGGGCGGCCGCCGCCGGCGCCCCCGUGGACAUGACGAGGCUGCUCGGCAGCUUCACCAACGACGUAGCGUGCCGUGCCGUGUCCGGGAAGUUCUUCCGGGAGGAAGGCCGGAACGAGCUGUUCAGGGAGGCGAUCGACGGGAACGUGGCCGCGUUUGGCGGGUUCAACCUGCUGGACUACUUCCCGGGCCUGGCCAAGGUGGGCGUGCUCGCGCGACUGGUGUUUGCCAGGACCAGUCGGUUAAAGAGGAAAUGGGACGAGCUGCUCGAUAAGAUCAUCGACGACCAUGUCAGCAAAAAGGCAUCGCCACAGCAACACCAUGGGCACGAUCAGCAAGAAGAUCAAGAGGCAGACUUCGUCGAUGUGCUCCUCAGUCUUCAGGAGGAGUACAGUCUCACCAGACAGCAUACCAAGGCCAUAUUGAUGGAUAUGUUUGUGGCAGGCACAGAUACAUCAUACAUAGUUCUCGAGUGUGCCAUGGCUGAGCUCAUGCGAAAGCCGAACCCCAUGGCCAAACUUCAAGCUGAGGUGAGGGAAAAUACACCCAAGGGCCAACAAAUAGUGACCGAGGACGACUUGGGCAACAUGGCCUACCUAAAGGCCGUCGUGAAGGAGACGCUCCGGCUACACCCACCAGCGCCGCUCCUCCUCCCGCACCUCUCCAUGGCCGAAUGCGACAUCGGCGGUUAUAAAGUCCCCGCAGAAACCCGUGUGAUCGUAAACGCUUGGGCUCUUGGUAGAGACCCUGGAUCGUGGGAGGCUGUCGACGAGUUCAUGCCGGAGAGGUUUGUGGACGUCGUGUCCCCCGACUUCAAAGGGUGGGAUUUUCAGUUUCUGCCGUUUGGAGCUGGGCGAAGGAUAUGUCCCGGGAUAAAUUUUGGGAUGGCGUCUGUGGAGAUCAUGCUCGCCAACCUUGUCUAUUGUUAUGAUUGGGAGCUCCCGGACGGCAUGCAACAAGAGGACCUGGAUAUGACUAGUGUGUUUGACAUGACGAUGCGUCGGAAGGAGAAGUUAUUUCUUCUCCCGAGAACAAGAUGUUAAUCAUGCAUAAUAUCUGUCAUGAAUUAUGUGCACUUGUAAAGUUAGAUAUUACACUAGUAUAUAUGAUUUUCCCAGUUUUCAAGAGGGUAUGUGGGAAA